AUGGAGAGUCUGCGCGGGAUGAGCGGUAACAAUAGCGGCAUCAUUGCCUGGCUGUCGUCGUUCAUCGAGUCGUCGCAAGACCCUGCCUCCACAGCCCAGCCUCUGCAUUUAACUAUCGAGCCUACUCUUGCGAACGAGGGUGCCCUCUGGUUCCCAGAUUUACUGGCAGGUGACCCAACAGGCGUGCUGCCACUUUGUCUGACUGCGUCGAUCUUGGGGAACGUUCUGAUGGGAUGGAAAGUCAUACCUUGGAAGGAGAUCGCACUUCUUCCAAAAAACGAGAUGUACAAGCAUAUCCUUUUCACCGGUUUACGGUCCUUUGUCAUAGUAUUGACAUGCUAUAUUGGCUUUGCAAGCUUUGUUCAAGGGAUGCCAACUGCGCUUAUGCUCUACUGGAUCACCAGUACCAACGUUGCUACGCUGCAGACCUGGGUACUGGACAAAAAGGUGUUUGCAGCACCGGGUUUCAAACUCUUUAUGGAGAAAUCCAUCGCUUUCGAGAAGCCGGGCGAUGAGGACCCGUUCCAGCUGAAAAAUUUACGCUGA